AUGGCUGGCCUGCACCCGGCUGGGAUGUUCAUCGCGCUGGACAUGUUCUCUGCCGACCUGCACGAGGAGAGCGACCCCGCAGCAGCGGCUCAGGCGGGCGAUGGCAGCGACGAUUCCGAGGCAUUUGAGCGGCAACAAGCAGCGGUGCCCAACCCGCCUGCUCCCAAGCGACAGCAGAUUGCCCUCGAGCCCGAGGAGGAGAUUGACGUCGAGCUCCAGCAGCAGACCGAGAAGGCUCUGUCGGCCAGAAUGAAGCAAGUGUUUGAUCGCGCGUCGACCCCGACGCUGCUGGCUGGCGAGGUGACGAUCAGCUCGGCCGAGUUUGUGGAGGGCUUCAAUACGUGCUCACUGGAAUCCGGCGUCUCGGGCUCGCUGUUCGUCACCAACUACCGCAUGGCAUUCGUCGCAACAGAGGGAUCCUCGUACACCCAUGGCACUGGCGCCAGCUCGACGUUUGACGAGAACGACGUCCCGCUGACCUGCAUCGUACGCAUCUACAAGAUUAUCAAUGGCAAACGCACCCGCUUGGAUGCAAUGUUGCCGGAAUCCUCUGCUGCAUUGAACGCCAUCGAAGUCCGUUGCAAAUUUAAAUUCGUGUUUGCUAAUACACCACGGUUCCAGGCCAUCCGGCUCGUCAACGCGCUCUUUCACUACGCCUUCCCAACAUCUGCCAGUCGCUUGUUUGCCUUCGAUUACCGACCGCCAGUGGACGUUUACGAGGAAGUGGUCAAGAUUCUGCCGUCACACCACCCUCGGAGCUAG